AUGGCGUGCAAAGCUACGUGGGAGAUCCCACAGUCGACCUCGACCGUCAAGGUCUCCAUCAUUGACACGACAAUGCGGUCUUCUAUUCCACUAAGCCUGUUUGCUGGUCCUGCAAUCCCCGGGUUGGACAAGUUACGCGCACCCGCGUAUUCCUUCUUGAUUACACACACGAGUGGAAAUGGCAAAGAGCGAAAGCUGGUCUUCGAUCUUGGAAUUCCCGUCGAUCUCGAGAAGGACUUUCCUCCCGAUGUGUACCAACGGGUCCAAGCGAUGAAAGGCGUGGGUGGCAUGAUGGAAUCGAAGGAAUAUGUCAGCGAUAUCCUGACCGAGGGAGGCGUGGAUCUGAAGAGUAUCGAGGGCGUGAUUUGGAGUCAUGCACAUCUCGAUCACGUCGGAAGGCCCUCGCUCUUUCCUUCCACCACAGAACUCAUCGUGGGUCCUGGUAUCAAGGAGGCUUACUUUCCAGGAUGGCCAGAUGUUGAGAGCUCUCCGAUCCUAGCCCGGGAAUUUGCCGGACGAGCAGUCAAAGAGCUGAAGACUGAAGACUUUAAUCUCAAGAUUGGCAGUCUCAAAGCACUGGACUACUUUGGCGAUGGAAGCUUUUACUUCUUGCUCGCUCCUGGUCAUGCCAUUGGACACAUGAAUGCUCUCGCACGAACGACAAAUGACAGCUUCAUAUACAUGGCUGCAGACUCUUUCCAUCACACUUCGCAACUGAGACCACACGUUGGAGCACCACUGCCAGAUUCUGUGGCUCUGCAUACAUGUACGUGCACCGCGUCCGCGCUUCAGCCGAUCCACCCAGCAUCCAAUGCAGCAGAUGUCCCCAAGAGAUAUCAUGCUGCGUUUGGAAAUUUUGAGUCGACUUUCGAUCAGGUCCCGUUCCAGACCAUCGUGGAGCAUGAGAAUGGUACUUCCAUAGCGAUAGACAUUCAAGCUGCCAGAGAUACCAUUACAGCUAUCCAGGAAUUCGACGCGAAGCCGGAGGUCUUCGUCAUUGCCGCGCACGACCAGAGUCUGUUCAAUGUGCUGGAAUACUUGCCUGCUGAGGCUAAUGAUUGGAGGGCAAAGGGCUGGAAGGAGAGGGGUCAAUGGGGUUUCCUUGAGGAUUUGCACGAAGCGGCUAAGAAGCAGUAA